GUUUGUCAUCCAGUUCAAUUUCAACCUUCACAAACCUUCUGAACACUAUAUCUUAUAAGAUUUACAAUUUCAAUUUAAUUAGGUGGCAAUUGAAAUAUCCCUUGAUAUUGUAACCAGUAUUUGCGGUUCAUAUGUAGCUGGCGAUAGGAUUCUCGAUUCUGACCUAUUCUCGGAUAAUUGCAUCGCCAAGCCGAUCAUGGCCGCUGAACAAGAUGAGCCCAAGUCCCUAAUCCUGGAUUUAUACCAGGACGACGAUGCGGAAGAUCAAUUCUGCAAGGGAAUCAUGGAAGCCUUAGUCGAUGGCUCGCGAACUCCUUCUGAGCUUGCUACUACCCUCGAUAACUGGGUUGUGCAGCAGUCAUCGGGCAAGCUUCGAGAACUAUCGGAGCGACCCGAUCUCAUUGAACGUGAUGAAGACGGCCAUAUUUCUCGCCGCGACACGCCCAACGCCAGCGGAUUUGUCGACCAUUUCUUCCAGAGCUUCCCCAAUCUGUGUCCUGUUUUCCCGCCUUACCAUGCUGGCCAGACUAGGGUCAUUGAGUUCCUCCAAGCCCUCAUGGCUAUGCCGGAGCACAAGGCUCCUGAUUACUUCCUAGAUGGUGGCUCCCUUGAUGAUGUUCAAAUGAUUUCUCUAUGGUCGGACAAGGGCUAUUUGCCUGAGUGGUUCCGCAUCGGAGCAGACGCUAUUCGCCACCCUGGCUCCGGUGUUGAGACACCCGGGAGCGAGUCGGAGGCCCGCUGGCGCAACUAUCAAUCUGUUAUGGCACGCAUCGCUGUGAUAGGCUUUAGCGACUGCGGGUUCACCAGCGCAUUACGUGAUAUUCUGCCCGACGGCAAGAACUAUCCUAGUAUAAGGGUUCGUAUGACUUCCAAGCCGGAGAAGAUUGGUGGCCAUGUUCAGGGUGCAGCACAGUGGGUUAUGCGUUCAGAGGAGGCGCGAUACGUCUAUCAACAAUGUCAAAAGAAGGAGAAGGUAGACAAGGCAAACCCCAGAGAUACGUGGAGCCUCGAGCACUGGAAGAUCUGGAAGGCGCAAUUUCAGCUUUUCGCUGAUGAUGAGCGGGUUGAUGCUCGUGCUCGUGAAGCGGCUAAGACAGCUGUUGACACUAUGGAGGCAAUCGAAAAGUAGGUUGAGCAGAUCUUCCUCUUUUAUAGCUUUCAGUGUUAAGUCUAGAUGAUAACGAAGUAACGAAUUGAAUUCCUAUUUCCCAAAAU